UUACGAUUACUAUUUGGCGAAUACGGCGUUUUUUGUUUAUAUUUGCUUGUUGGCAUAUUUGGUUCUUGGAACAAUUGCUUAAAAAGUGAAUGCAUAAGAAAUGCCAGUUGACACGCUAAUUAAAAAGUAGAUUUUCAACACGAGCGGAGCAGAGACCAAAAGAGCAAAAUGGCUUUCCUGGGCGACUGUGUGAUUGUUUUCGUUUCUCAGAUGAUAUUCUUUGCCGGCGGAUGGCUGUUCUUCAACAAGGAACUCUUCAAGCACUAUGAGAUUCGUCACAUAUCCGUUCAGCUGAUCUUUUCAUCCACAUUUGCCCUUUCCAUUACCAUGUUUGAGCUGAUUAUAUUUGAAAUCAUCGAUGUGCUGGAGUCCAGUUCGCGGUACUUCCACUGGCGUCUAGGCCUCACCCUGCUGCUCAUUAUGGUCACUGCCGUGAUACCUCUUUACAUAUGUUAUUCUGUGAUACACAGCAUUUCCUUCUUCUCCGACAGAUGUGUCAGAAUUCUGACCACACUCUCUUGGUUCGUUUUCCUCUACGGCCUGUGGCGUAUUGGAGAACCUUUCCCCUUGCUGAGCGCCUCCAACGGCAUCUUCACCAUCGAACAAGGAGUGUCCCGGAUAAGUGUAAUUGGCGUCACCGUAAUGGCCAUCCUUUCGGGCUUUGGUGCUGUGAACUAUCCUUACACCAGCAUGACCUAUUUUAUCAAGCCCGUUUCGCGGAGUGACAUCAUCUGCUUCGAGCGGCGUUUAGCUUUGACAGUGGACAUGCUGACUGCCAAGAAACGCCGCAUUGCCAUGGCUGUCUAUAAUCAAAAUAAACAGAAUCCCACGAAGCCCAGAAUUUGGGAUAUGCUGACGUCGGCAGUGCAUCGCAAUAUUCACAAUGGCGAGGAUAUAAAUCAGUUGAAACAGGAAGUUUAUGGACUUGAGGAACUCCAGCGUUCAGUUUUCCUGGAAUUAAAUUCCUUAAAAGACAUGGAGGAGCGUCAGAGGUGGUCACAAACGUUGAAAGGAAAGUAUUUCAAUGUUCUUGGACACUUUUUCAGCGUAUAUUGCGUAUAUAAGAUAUUUAUGUGUUGCAUCAACAUCAUCUUUGAUAGAGUGGGCCGCAAAGAUCCAGUGACACGUGGCCUAGAGAUUGCCGUUCACUGGUGCGGUUUUGACAUAGACUUGGCCUUUUGGAAUCAACAUGUUUCAUUUCUACUCGUGGGCUGCAUUGUAGUUACCUCAAUAAGAGGCCUGUUGCUAACGCUCACCAAGUUCUUCUAUCGCAUAUCAUCGAGCAAGUCCAGCAAUAUAAUUGUUCUGAUCUUGGGCCAGAUCAUGGGAAUGUACUUCUGCUCGUCAGUGCUGCUGAUGCGAAUGAAUAUGCCGGCCGAGUAUCGUGUGAUCAUCACAGAGGUUCUCGGCAAUUUGCACUUCAACUUCUAUCAUCGUUGGUUUGAUGUAAUAUUCCUGGUCAGUGCCCUGACCACCAUCUGUGUUCUGUAUUUGUCACGCAAGCCAUUUCGCGUCGAUGAUUCCGAUCUGCACUGAAUAGAUUUAUGUAUAGAGAGAGAGGAAGAGAGCACAACUGAUGUUUUGUUAGAUUAAGCAUAUUCGAUUUAGAAUCAGCUAGCCUAAUUAUUGGAAGCUUUAAGUUGUUUAAAUCCAUGUAUAUACCAGUGUGUAUAUUAAGGCUCAAAAAUAUGUCAAAUGCACGAAAUCAAAGCUACUUUUGUUUAAGUAUAAUAAAGUAAUGAACUGUU